AUGGCGGGCAACCUCAAGAGCAAAAGACCUGCCCCUGCACCUUCAACAUCCUCCAAAAGGCGGAAGCUUAAUAAUGGAAAGCAGAAGAGUACAACGGGGACUUCCAAGGGCAAAGUCAAGAUAGUGAAGAAGGAAAAGGCUGCAGAUCGUGGCAUAAUCCCGAUUCCAAACCAACCUGACGACGAUGAUUUGGAUCUCUCCGACCAGGAUAUGGCCGUCCUCUCAGAGUUCGGGAAGCAUGCGGGUUUUCUGACCAGCUUGAAUCAUAAAGGGCUUAUGAGGAGCAAAAAGGAAACACAAAGAUUGCAUGAGUUAACCAAACCUGUACGGAAGCAGCCUGUCGCUGACGACUUACCCUCCCUCAAUUCGGAUCAUGGAGAGGAUGACUGGAGUUCGGGCGUGGACGACCUCGAUUCCAACCUUCCAGAAGAUGAAAAUACUUUUUCGGAUAUUUCGGAUGAUUCGAACGCGGAAAUGUCCUACGAGACGCAGCCACGAAAACGUCGUCCAUCUUGGGACGAAGAGGAGAACGCCAUAGUGCGACGCCUUCCUAUUAAACUUGCAGACGGGAAGAUUCAGGAUACUGGUCGUAAAGAAUUCCGCACCGUAGUUUCAGACCGUGAGUCGUCCGAGGAAAGCGAUGGUAGUGAACCAGAAGAAGAGGAAGCUGAACGGAUCGACGAUGUUUCAACUGGCGCGCGAUUUGGUCGACCGGCGGUCGUGGACGUCCUACAAAUCAAAUCGCGGAAGCAGAAGGUUGAAGCGGCGAAGAAUCAAAUAGCAGGGAUCUGUCAAGAAAUCUUAGCUGACCCCGAGAACAGUCUUGGUCUUCUCAGAAGAUUGCAUACUUUCGCCUUGUCUACUGUUGCGACACCCACGCAUCCCGAUCAUGUACCCAACGACCCCAUUGUUCGACAGUUGGCCAUCCUUUCUCAACUUGCCAUAUUCAAGGAUAUUAUUCCAGGAUAUCGAAUCCGCGCACUAACAGAAGCGGAAAAGGCGGAAAAGGUUAGCCAACAGGUUGCACGGACGCGGGAUUGGGAACAAGGUUUAGUGACGGUAUAUCAAUCUUACCUUCGCCUCAUGGAGAAUGAGCUGAAAACACGGAGCAAUCUAGCAGAUGUUGCACUGCAAUCGAUGUGCACCUUGUUGACUGAAGUGACGCACUUCAAUUUCCGAGUGAAUCUCAUGGCAUCUAUCGUUGCCCGCCUGAGUAAAAAAUCAUGGGACAAGUCUUCGGAACAAUGCUCUAAAACUCUGAUUACGGUCUUAAAAGCUGAUCUGACCGGGGAGGCAUCACUGGAAAUUGUACGGCUAAUGAACAGGAUGAUUAAGGAGCGACACUUUCAAGUUCACCCCAAUGUCCUUUCCUGUCUACUUUCCCUUCGUCUUCGGACCGAACUCGGUGUCCGAGCCUCUGAUACUCAUGCUGACAAGUCUGAAACCAAGGAUAAGAAUAAAAGAGGCAAAAAGUCGCAACGGAUACAUCUCAGUAAAACCACUAGAAAAUUCCUCAAGGAGAAGAAAGAAAUAGAUAAGGAACUCCGGGAGGCUGACGCAGAGGUCGAUAAGGAAGAACGAAACGCGACGCAAACGGAAACUCUUAAGCUUCUCUUCGCAUUAUACUUCCGCAUCCUCAAGAACCCCACGCCCACUCCACUUCUUCCUUCCGCUCUCUCAGGCAUUUCUCGCUUCGCGCACUUGGUGAACAUCGACUUUUUCAAAGAUCUCAUGAAGGUCUUGCGAGAUCUAAUCGCCAUGGAGGAGCCUGUCGCUUCUGAUACCCCAGAUCUUCGAUCAGCGAACACGCAGGACAUGUCUGAAGGCGUUUCACGACGAUUAAUGUGUAUUGUGACCGCCUUCGAACUUCUAUCAGGGCAAGGCGAGGCGCUCAACAUCGACCUGGGCGAAUUCAUUACAAGCCUCUAUGGGAUGCUCCUCCCCCUGGCGUUCGCCUGCGGGAUCGACACACCCGGUUCCGUUGGGAGGGAAGAAACAACAGGCGCCGGGCCGACGAGAAGCUCCGUCGCGGACCUUUUAUUCCGCGCUCUGAACCUGAUUUUCAGUCCUCGAACAUCGGGAACGAGCGCGCCUCCCUGGCGCUCGGCGGCAUUUGCCAAGCGCUUGUUGGCGGUCUCCCUCCACUGGCCAUCAGCCGCCGCCUUGCGGUCUCUGGAGUUCGUGAGGAGUCUGGUCGGGCGCGACCCCAAGUUAGAAGCCAUGCUGUCGACUGAAGAUCGGAUCUUCAAUGGCGUUUACCGUCCGGACGUUGAUGAUCCACAGCUGUGUCAACCUUUCGAAUCUUCCUUCUGGGAGCUACACGCUCUACAAAAAUACUACUGGGAUCCACGUGUCAGAGAAGAAGCCGUGAAGUUACUUAAAUUUCGCUCUUCGUAA